CGCCCCCUCGCACCGAACUCCGCCGCCGAGCGGGCCGAGCUAGGAGAGGGGCGCACCGAGCUUGCUCUCCCCGCCGAAAAAGAAUCCGCCCGGCAGGGAACUGCUGCUCGUCGACAUCGGCGACCACGAAUGCAGCAGUAGUCGGCGCGGUGUCGGUUCCGCCGAUCCUGCUUCCACACGUUCGCUCUUCUUUUCCAAGCCCUCGCCAACGUAGGGACCCCCGCCGCAUUACAACUCCCACCAACCGCUUCGCUAAAAGUGUGCGGCGCAUCGCGCGCGCCUCACUCCGGCAAAUCGACAGGGCCCCUCGUUUGGAGAUUGUGACCUCACCGAACUGCCGUACUUAGGUUUGUUUCAUAAGUGUGAUCGCCGCCGUGAGUGUUCGAGCGCUGCGCGCGCGUCAGCGCGCGUGUGUUGAGGUUGGUUGGACGGUGGGGACCGCCUUUACUCCCUCCUUUGGAUUUUUUCGACGACUGAGUUACCCGAACGCCUCAGUGAAAGCAUCUUGGAUCAACGCCGGCGCUCGGUGCAUCCCUUCACCUGUCACGUGGUACUGCUGUGUCCCGUAGUCUGUCAGCUGUGCCGAGCGGAGCCGUGCGAUAUCGCACGGAGGGCAACCACUGUUUUGAAAGGAAAACGUGCGGCUUUCUGUGACGCUUCGCAAGGAGGGAAAGCUGGCAGGAACGACGACGGAGUUUGUGACACUCCCGUGUGCAUCUCGUUCGCUGGUGUUUGAAAUUACUUCGUACCUCGACCGGUGAUCGGCGGUUGGCUGCUUCCUCGAAUCGUCACAUCGAAGUGUGCGUGUGAAGUGUUGUGCGGUUCAUUUUUUUUUCUUCUUCGAGUGUAGGGGGCGGUUCUUCAGGAAGGUCGCGUUUAGUUGAGGUAAUUGUUAAUUAAUUGGCUCUGUUUUUUCUUUUUGAAUAUUUUAUUUCCUUCUUCAGGGGCAGCUAAGUAUCGAGCUAAUCACGGUGGGUUCACGUUGCGUUGGUCGAUUGAACCUAGUGCCGCUGCUGUUCACUUGGAACACGGGCGUGGCGCUACAAGCGCGCUGGACUAAGUUCCUCAUGUGUUCCAACCUGGUAAUCGCGUUCCCUUUUAGGUGAUUCGGUUCUGAUCGGGUACCCCCCAUUUUUUGUUCUCCAUCUUUUCGGGGGGGAAAAGUUCCUAUUUCUUUUUUCAAAAUUUGUAUUUAUUUUAUUACGUUUUUGUAUCAUCACAUCAAUCACACAACCUUCGAAUUUUUAUUAGCGCUCCUUUAAAGCGACAGAUAAGUGUGCGUAUCCAAGGCAGAAACAAAAUUGAAUACACGGUCUCCUCAAAAUUUUCUCCAGCUGAUUCGUGUUGGCUUUACUUUGGUUUAGGUUAGAUUAAACCUGCGUAAGUUUUCCUUUGGUAAACUAAGCUGCUCUCUGGGCCAAUCAACCACACAACGUGAACAUCGGUAACAUUUUUCUUUCUUUCUAAUAAGUUAGUACACACGUUAUACUGAGCUUAUAAGUGAGACCUUGUGACACCGUUACCCUACAUCGGGCGUGACACCCUGAUUCCACUGUCGUCGACCAAGGAACCAUCUUCGGAACGUCACCCAGUUCUUCAACUACACCACACCAAUCCUCUUCGUGGUCCAACGAUUGUGGGAUUACUGUUUUUUUUUUCUUUCCGUGUCAUCCAUCCAUCGCCUUCGGAAAAGGAUCUCAGGCUUUCAGGAGGAUCGCCGAUUUGUGACCCUUGCUUCGCUGGGAACGUCGACAGUAGUAUCUCGCAUACCACCAGAACCCCGAAAAAUAAAAUAAAAGACCACCACCGCUGCUGAUUUGUGGAAGAAAAAAGAAAAAAUUUCGGAAGAGUUGACUGACGACGACUGCUGACAUUGCCAACAUUCAGAGAAGGUCCAGGAGUUUUAAAACAGCAUCUAGACAAGUUGUGACCACGCCAGUCUGUGUGCAAGAAAGACAUUAACACUGCAAGCGUGUGCACAUUACAACUCUGACAGACCAAGAGACCUGUCUACCAUUCUGAGACCGUCUGUGUGUGUUCUUCAGUCCUUGAAGAAAAAAAACGUCGUCAUCCUCUUCAACUACAAUAAUUUUUUUUGUGCGUGUGUUGUGUUGUCGCCUCAAGGGUGCAUCCGAAGCUCGCUGUCGCACCGUGUGUUGAACUGGUGUCCCCGAAACCCCGUGUUUUGAAAGAUUACCGAGAGCAAACGCAAUCCCCACACCUGGUUGUGUCUGUGAGUGUGCUUCGUUACACGUCAUCUCCUAGUGUGUGUGUGUGUGUGUAUUUACUGCACCGAACAUCCAUCUUCUUCGUCGAUUUUAACUUCGUUUUUCGACAAGAAGACGUGCUCUCAACUCCCUCCCCAUCGUGGUUAAUAGAGUUCUGAGAAAACACAAGCGUCGUCAACCGUUUAGCUCGACGACGACCAAUAGCCCCUGUUUGAAGAAAAAGAAUCUUCGGGCUGUUCAGAAGAAGAGGAAGAAAGGGGGAGAAGGAUUUCCCUGGCUGACGUCUUUGUGGUGUCGCUGUGUUGCUUGGCCCGUACCUCACUUCGGCAAGUUUUUGUGUUCACGACGAAGACUCGCCGGACCAGAAGGGGAGGUCAGGAAGGGUUCCGAUUUCUUCAGCUUCUGUGUGGAAAGAUCUUCGACCUUUGUGGAGUGUCGGUGCUUAAAAAAAAUACGAAGAAAAAGAUAAUCGCUACGCUCCGGUUGACGACCAGAAGCAUCCCACUGUGUUACGGAGAAGCUGUGGAAGACUAGGAACUUCCAAGGAGUCGGGAUGGCACAACGGUACGACGACCCGGUGCCUCACUACGGCGGCGGCGCUGGCGGCGGGGGCACGGCCCUGGAGGGUCCCCUGGGGGGCUACGACCCCCACGGGCGCAUGCAGCAGCUGGCGCACAGCCCACACCCCAUGAACGCUGCCGCCGCCAUGUACACCAAUCACGGUGCCGCCGGAGCCGCCAAUCACGUGAUGGGUGCCGUGCCGGACGUCCACAAGCGAGACAAGGACGCCAUCUAUGGACACCCACUGUUUCCCCUGUUGGCACUGAUCUUCGAGAAGUGCGAACUGGCCACCUGCACACCCCGGGAGCCCGGCAUCGCCGGCGGGGAUGUGUGUUCCUCGGAAUCCUUCAACGAGGACAUUGCCGUGUUUGCCAAGCAGAUAAUGACCGAAUAUCCUCAAUACACUUCAAAUGAGGAGUUAGACUCUCUUACGAGGCAAGACAAACAAUAUUACCUUCCCAACCCUGAGUUAGACAGCCUCAUGGUACAAGCCAUACAAGUUCUCAGGUUUCAUCUCCUAGAGCUCGAAAAGGGAUACGGCAUGGAGGACAUCGAACCUGGCCCAGGAGACGACAGCGUCGUCGACGGUCACAGUCCGUUUCGACGCGCAGUCGGCGGUGGUGCGUGGCAGUUCCCCAAGUUCAGCAACUCGCGGCCCCCCUCGCAGUCCCUGAACUCGUAUGGCACAGCGGACGACGUGCGUUCACCUACGGGUUCGGCGGGCACUCCGGGACCCAUGCCCCAGCAACCCAGCUCACAGCAGAGCACCGACAACAACAGCGAAGCGGGUAAAUCGGUGGACUCCUUCAGCCUGGGACUCUCUCCACAUGGCGAUGCCAGUGUGGGCUCGGGUGACGGCACUGGCGAGGACGAAGACGAGGACAGAGGCAAGAAGCGCCAGAAGAAGCGCGGCAUCUUCCCCAAGGUGGCCACCAACAUUAUGCGAGCCUGGCUCUUCCAACACCUCACGCAUCCGUAUCCCUCCGAAGACCAGAAAAAGCAGCUGGCCCAGGACACCGGACUCACCAUCCUCCAAGUCAACAACUGGUUCAUUAACGCGAGGCGAAGAAUCGUGCAACCAAUGAUCGAUCAAUCUAAUCGAGCUGGUGGGACGAUAGGAGGCGCAAGUGCGGCGUAUGGACCUGACGGUGGAAUGGGAUACAUGAUGGACGGCAGUCCACAAAUGCACAUUAGGCCACCAGGCAUGCAGAACUUGUCCUGCGGCGAUGCGUCGAUGGGGAUGGGUCACAUGGGCGCCAUGGGCAGCUACCCGCAAAUGCCCCAGUUGCGGUCGCCGACGCAGGCCAUGCUCCUGCCCGGCCACCCGCACGCAGCCGCCAUGAUGAUGGCGCCCAUGGGUCACCCCGGGCUACCCCCGCAGGGGUCGCCCUACGACGGCCAGCACAUCAUGGACAUCCACGCCAGCUAAAGAAAAAAAACAAGCAAGCCGCGCCGCCUCGUGGCCCUUCCUCCGUGGCUGCCCUCGUCACCGAUUGUCCUCUUGCUCCAAGCUGUGCUGCCUCCGUCCGCCACCGCAAGGUGGCAGCACUCGACGGACCGUUUUUCUUUGUCUUCCUUUCGUGGUUUAUCUGUCUAUCCCCUGUGUUCCGAGCACGCGCACGUACCUUGCAAUACUGCGUCUCCCGCAGCAGGGUAGUAGUGUGGUGCCCUCUGGCCUAUCUUGUUUCUUAAUCUUAUGCACCUUUUCGCGAAAACCGCGUUAUUUUUUGUUUUUCUUCAUGGCGAGCGCGUGAGUGAUCGUGAGCGACAAAUGUUAUUCCUUUUUCAUUUAAGUAUCUCCCUCUGAUGCUCUUCAUUACCUGUACUUGUUUUUGGCACGUAUUUUCUGCCUAACUGCUACGUUGUUGGUCGUCUUGCAGAAUGCAUCUGGCUCUGUCGUCUGCGACGGGGAACAGAAGUGUAAAAAAAAAAAAAAAACUCGGCUGUCGUCUGUGACGCACCUAGCGUCUCUUACAGACGUCGUCUGCUAUUUGCGAGGCUAUUCGUUUUAGAGAUGCUGAAAAAAAAAAACACACACACAAGCAUUCGUUAACUAGUACGAAUAAAAAGCUUUGUGUUUUAGCAUCCGUUAACUACUACGGAGUAGCUUCGAGCGUAAGUUGAGCUAGCUGAACGACUGUUGCUGCUCGGUAGUUUUAAAAGAACCAAUGGAAACGAUAAAGCCGACGGGCAGGCGAUGUGCACGGCUCUUUCCCCAUCGCCGACGGCUCAGCCGGGCUUCAAAGGCAGCCAUCUUUCUUCUUUUUCUUCUCAUACGACUUGCGCAAGAAGGAAAUUACGGCGAAAGGUCGAAAAGGCUUUGCCUUUUUGGAUCACGCGAACCAUCUCUCAUAGUCUGUAUAUCGAUUUUAGUUUGUUUUGUUGUUGUUUCGUUUUAAUCGUGGCCCUUCUUCAUCUUCGGUCCUGUUGACCUUCGAUCCGACGCGACAGACUUUUUUUUUUGUACCCGUCCAGAAGCCGCCGUGACGAGGUUGCGAACCAGUCUACAUUUUGCAAUCGUAGAUGCGUUAAGAAAAGAAAGAGAAAACGGCUAAACUAAAGAAAAACAAGCAUUGAGAAAGAACGCGAAAGUAUGAAGGCCGUUCCGGAAUCUGCCGGACGCGUGUAAUGGUUGUAAAGAAGAGUUCUUUUAUAUUUUUGAACGAACACCAUAUCUUCGCUUCGAACGAUCAUCUUUCGAGCUGUCUCAAACGUUUCUUUACGCUGAUUGCUCGUCGCAGCAGCUGAUAACCAAUCGCGUAGUUGCACGAAAGUGGUCGGCCAAUGGAAAUCUGUUCUUAUGAAUACGACUCUUUUUUGAAUACGGAGCCGGACAUGAUUUCGUGUUCUGCGGUAAUCGUUUGCUGGUCGGGCCUUUCAGCUGCCGCUUCCUGAUAGUUUGCACCAAGGCUUAACAGGAUAGUCUCAGUUUCCGCCUAGCCGCUGUGGUUAGUGUGCGCGUUCGUGCUGCCGCCUUACUACAGCUGCAUCAUCGUUUUCCAGCUGACCGGACAAAAGAAACGGCAUUUCUGGUUGAAUGUAGCUCAAGUUGCCCUGUGGUUCGUGAGCGAAAUAUAUUGAGGCUAAUACAGAUUAUAGUGUACUCUGGAAGCUAAAGAAGCCUUCAGAACGCUCAUAAUCCAGCUCAUUAAGAAUACUUCAUAUAAUUGGCAAGAUACUCAUUCUGUACAAGAUGUGGUACACUCUGGAAGCUUAGGAAGCCUUCAUAAAGCUCAUGGUCUAGCUAAUUGAAAUUAGUUCAUAUCAUUGGCAAGAUAUUCAUUUAUACUGAGUCACUAUGGGCUCACGUUGGACACAGUUAUGGGCUAAUCUGGAGAUUUCAUAAACCUUAAUAAGGCUCAUUGUCUACGUAAUUAAGGGCAUUUUCUAUUAGAUGUCUUGCAGUACUGCGCCUUGUCUUCAGUAGUUUCAUCGCUUGACAAAAGGUCUAGCAAGCGCUCCUCGCAACGGCCUCUGUCGAGCGGUAGUCUGUCAUUUGCGUCUACGGAUCUCGGAGGUCUUUAUAUAGUAGAGUCGAACACACACACGACGCCGGCUCGAUGUGUACAAACUCCGGAGCAAGGUUCACGCGCGGACUGAGAAGAGUGUGACGAAGACGUGGUCCGAGAUCGGUGUUCUGAGCUGCGCGUUCGAGGUCUGAAAAAUCGGAGGGUGCAGGAUGCAGUGUAUACACAGGUAUAGGCUUAACUGUCAGAAGCCGGAAGUGACGUGGUGGAGAAACAAAACGGAAGAGAGCCUCUAGGUGGCUUUCUUUCUUCGACGUCUCAUAGCGAUAAAGGGAUAAGCUCCUAGGCAUCGCCGUAAUGUCGUCAGGUAUAUUUCUUUCUCCUUCGCGUGGUGUAGUGACACCCGUCGGGUGUUCCCGUCUGCCGUUGACACCCCCUCCUACCCCAGCCCCAUAUCGACUCGCAAAUCAAGACAAGUUCGCUGCCGAAUGCUUGUGGGCUUAAAAGUGUUUGUGAACUCGUUGGUCUAGCGUGAAGGCGGUUCCGUUGCGAUUCAGUGCGCGAAUCGAAGGAACGACCGUCUUUUGGCGCGCUCCGACGCGCGAGGGCGCUGCUGACGUCAGCGAUGACGUCUGCUGACAUAGCUACUCUCCCAUAUCGAGGGGACAGACCACCGACUCUUGGUAAACGCAACACGAUGACACGAAUCAUUUGAAUCGUAGUAACGAGCGUGUCGAUUCCACCGUGGAUGCGUUGAUGAAUAACUCCAUUCGACCCGCUGGUCUACUCGUUGUCGUGUGACGUAUUGACGAACCCUCCUACGUAACAUUUGUUAUUCUCGUUCAUCGUAUGAAGAAGUCAGUUGCCCCCCUUUUUUUUAGUACAAGGCUUCACUGGUGAACUCAAAGGGAGGGUACUCUACUGAUGAAUACGUCAUCAUGUUUCGUUUAGUUCAUCAACUUGAAGAGGAAGCAUUUCGAUCGUAACGUUUUCGACCUGUGCUGUUCUGCCUACUUCAACCAUCCUACGUUGUAGUUUUCGCUCUGUCUCUUUCUUUUGUUUCUUUCGGCAUUCUGUGUCCAAUGAGGAAAAAUACAUCUACAUGGCGGGAAGUUGUGUGGGGCGGUGGAUCGCUUCAAUAUUUUUACUCGAGCAGAGGUGUGUGUGUGUCGCCACAACGCAAAACCGAAUCGCUCUUUGGUUCCUAUCGCAUUUUUCAGUCGCCUAAGCGAGUCGCAGACUGUGCAGUACCUUCCAUGCCCCAUGAAAGAAAAAAAAAUACCACUGUCCCACGUGGUUUCGUGUUCCUCGCGUUUCGUUGGGUGUACGACUUGCUUGCGUCGCCAUAAAGAUUCAUCGUACUAACGUGAUUCGUGUUUUUUUUUUUCAAUUGUAGAGCGUUCGUUAACGAAGUGGAGGCUGCAGAACCCUUAUUUAAAAUCGCUGGACGAACAAGAUAGUUACCUGUGAUUCCUUUCAACACAGAUAUAGAUUCUCUGCCUAGCUUCCCGUUUGAAAAUCAGGCUUUCCUUUUAAGGCGUCGAACUGCCAGCACCGUUUCUGGGAAGUGGUGUUACGUGUUCACUGAUAAGUGGUGGAGAAAGAGUCACGAGCUUGAUAAAAACAGACACACACGGUCGUACGUUAUCUGUACUGAUAAAAUACGUCGUAUCGGAGGGUAUUUCAGUCAGACUGUUGCGUCAUUCCAUCUUUAUUUCGGUACGAGUUCCGGCUCCCCUUCAGUCGCGGCUCGGUAAGCUUCCUCGGAUUACGUACCACCGCGGGGGCUAACCUUGUUACCACGGUUACCACCAGCUUUCUUUUUAUUCGGUUAGGUGGCGUGGGGCUGUGCCGACGUUCAGAGAUCUGCCAAUCGCGCUCGAGUUCAAUUCGUGACGUGGUGGCUUUGUGUGCAAUUUCAGUGUUUUGGGAGAUGCGAGCUAUUUCGGGUCUCACUCCCUCCGCUGUCAGCGUUUGGAAUUGCGACUGUAGGCGUUUCAUGGUCAUCCUUGCGUAGUCGACUCAUCGUCGUCCUCUGGUCUUGCGAUCGUGACCUCAACUUCCUCGCAACACCGAUCGGAAGAAGCUCGUAGCUUUCAAUUUCGUUGUUUUUUGAAACAGCAACAACUAUUCGUGCUUCUUCUGAUUGAGGUCAACCUUGUCGAUUACCACAGCGCCUAUGGAACACCCGCACUCGCUUCAGAGCACCGCGAUUCGAUAACGCUUUUCUCAUAUUCUUUUUUUAAAAAGGCCCUGAACCACUCCGAAUUCAAAAGACGAGAGAGCGGCUUCUUUCCCGCCUUCGCGACCCUUCUUACAGGCGCCGUGUCCUCCUAGCCACUUAUUUCUUCAUAAAACAAGGGGACAAUGUCAGCACGAAGCGUUGAACCUAUCAGGAUAUCGUGCUUUUCGGCUACACGCUGUUGUCUCCGCCUGCGCCGUCGAAAACGCACAAAACGAAGUGAAAUCAUUUUGAUCGCGCACGAUAGUCAUGCAAGAUAAGGCAGAAUGGGGGUGUCACAGCAUGGCCAAAACAUGGUAGGAGACAAAUCACAACUGAUACCCCUCGCAUACGGACUAAUCGAGAGUUUGUACUCUAAGGACGUCAUGUUAAUCGCCCUGCUGACGUCACGAAGUGCGUCGAGAAAAAAAAAAACCAAAAAAAACGGGAAGCGCCAGGAGAGAGUUACGCGCUCGUUCUUUGCAUUUUCGAGGUUGUUUAGGGGCCCUUUAACACUUUAGUCGCAUUCAUCUUUACGUCAUCAGCUGUUACUCGCAGUUGCAACUUUUAUUGAGGCCCUUUUUCUUUUUGCGAUACUUAGUGGGUUUCAUGAGAACGAAAUGCUUGCAAGGAUUGCACAGAUCUUAUCACUGUUUUAGUUCAAUACGCACGUUUUAACUCUGCGAUGGUCUUGCCUUUGCUUUACGUCUUCGAAGUGCUGGGUGUCUUCACAGUACUUUUUUUCUAAUCUUUGCGAAGGCGAUUUUUGCGGUUCAUUGUGCAUCUAUUCACUUUUUUUUUAAAUCCUCACACAUAUUGCUUGACUAGGAAACCAUCAAAGAUGUCUUUCUCCUCACCAUACGUCACACUUCCUUGGAGCACGAAAGAAUGUUUUUUUUUUUUUUUUCGUCCUUAUCUCUACUGUCGGGGGUGUCGAAGUGAUCGCGAUGCAACUGACAAAAACUGAAAAUACGUAUGUAAAAAGAUGAAGCGCGUUAUCUUUGCAAAAAAAGAUAAAAGAGAAGAAGUGAAACAAACUAGAUGACGGGGAGAAAUCUCUAGUUAUAUAUAUAAAUAUUAUAAAUAUAAAUAAUGAUAGUUUAUGAUAUUAUCCAUCGUGGUUGUUGUUUAUCCAUCUCUCUCAAUGUCAUAUUCGCCGAGGUAUGCUAUACUGUUCACGUGUUUCCGUGGUUCCCUUUCCCCUUUCAUUUUUUUCGCAUUUUUUCGGAUUUUUUUUUUCGUCAAAGCACAUUUUGCACACUAGUUUUCAACACACAACUUCUUCUGUAGUUCGAACACACAGAGAGUGACUUUUCUUCUUCCCACCACCACUUCUACACCUGUUCAAUGCCUUUCUACACCGUUUCUACUUCUUUGAUAUCGAACUUUGUGACGUCAUCGUGUGUCCUUCAUUUUUUUAAACACCAGCUGAUGACGCUUCGUUCUUUCCCUUUUGGUUUUGUACGCAGCCUAUUUCCUAUCUCUUCCGUAUUUUUUUGUACUUGUGACGAAUCUGCGAGCGUGUGUUUUCGCGGGAUAUAAUAUACGUAUCUGUAUAAAAAAAAAAAAACGUACAGCCAUCUAAAGACUAUAGAUGUAGUAGCAGUAAUAUCUUCGACUUGUGUUCUCUUCGGUAUAUAUAAAUACAAAUGUAUAUUGUUUGUGUUUUUCCCCCACGAGGCUUCCUAAUGUCUUACAGGCCAACCGUUACCAUGUACGCCAUUCCUCACGUCUCCCUGGGCCUAUAGUUACCGUUUCUUAAGUCGAGUGUAUAAGUGCUGUACCUGUUGUCUUUUUGCAGACUGUCGUGUCUAGCGACCUCCUGGUCAAUUAAGGUGUUGAGCUUGACAGUUCGCCUUUCCUAUUCUCAAUACCAGAAGCAAUCCCGUUUCACUGUAUCGAACUCUCACCGUAUUCAGUUGCGUUCGACUCAAACGCCAUUCACACCUGCGGCCUCGCAACCGCCGUGACGCCUUCGACUUCAGCGAUGCGUCUGAUGUUCCUGCCGCAUUUGUUUUGUUUCGUUUGUUUUCUUUAUUAUCGAAGGUCAUGAUCUUGGCGUAUCAAUCCACUCCGUUCGUUCAAAAUUUAAAUAAAAAAGGAGUGAUCGCCUAAGCGGCAGAGUUAUUAGCGCUGGCAGUGUGGAAAACGUGCCGCAGGUGUGAACGGCACUGCAAACUUGCUGAAGCCUGUCAGCUGGCGCCGUCUUGCGGCCAGUCUUGUCACUUGACUUUCUUUUUCCCCCUUCUGCACACGUAGAUUGCUUGUGGUGCGAGUUUUAAACGAUAUUAUAUAUAUGUAUGUAUAAACGCAUAUACUGCGUACUAAAGCAGUAUAUCCAUCACUAUGAUACACUAUCGCUGUCCUCCGGCACCCGAACUGCCCAAUUGCGGUGAAGGGCUGGAGCGCAUGUAACCGCAGAACAUUUUUCGCCGUGCCGACGAGGAGGCAGGAAGCUAAGGCUCGUCGUUUUCUUGUUUCUUCAUUUUCAAGUUGGCAGCUCACUGAUUUUUAAACCUAUUAGAUCUAUUUAAACUUAUCAGAUCAUCUGCCGUCAACUUGGGACAUUCUUUUUAUUAAAUUAGCAAAUCGCGUUGGUAUUCAGAUGGGGCUAAGCGCCGUAAUUCAGUGGAGACUUCCGGAGGAGUACGGAGGCUGGGCUUUUGGCUUCUGCGCAGUGAGUGUUCAUACUUCGCCACGAACCGACGAGGGACACGAACCUGCGACUUGUGAUAUUGGGAAUAUCGCGUUAUUGUAAGACGACUUCAGUUCAACUGCGACGCUUUUGUGGACGCAUUGAAACUGAAAAAUAUUACUUUCGUUUAUCGCAGAAAACAUAAAAAAGCAGCGGGGAUAAGCCGUAUGUGCAGACCACGUGAUUACUACUUGGUAAAAUAAAGCGCAAUAAACAGGACAAAAAAGGUGAGACAGACGGGACGAAGCCCUUCUUAAUGUGACGUCACACGAUCUUAACAUUUCCCAACGUCUUCACAGCGGCUGUUACAUAUAUAUAUAUAUAUAUAUAUAUAUAUAUCUUCAAAUGUGCCAUAUAGUAUAACCAUGCAUGGAACUCUUUAAGCGUUACAUUAUUCUAGGUGUUACGUGACCUAGCACGAGUAUCUUACGGCUCAACGCUGCUACAGCUUUGUCACGUCCGUAUUGAAAAAUUAGUUACGUGCAGCACUGACCGAAGCAACGAACCUUGUUCUUUUCUGUCUCCUCGUCGCCGCGUUAAUUGCAGGGUAUAUUUUCCAGAGUGCGUGCGUAUGUAUGGAUAUUGAAUCUACACCACCACUAACAGCAUUGCCAUUUUGUGAAAUGCUUUUUUUUAUUUUUAGUUUCGCAAUUUGUCUACUUGAAGAACAUAUUCUUGACGGCGAUUGAGUGCAGCCUUCUUUAAUCACUCUCAAACCUGAAGGAAACAGUCGGAUGAAUAAAAAAAAAAAACAGCGGACCUAGAUUCGUCCAAUCUCAGAAUUGCUCUGUACCUGUUCUGUGAACACCUUAAGCCUAUUAGAUAGGAUACGCUUCGUCAACGCUUAUGUAUUUAGUUAUUCAAGCAUCCUGCGUAGCGAGUGACAACUUUUUUUUUUUUAAUUUACGAAACUUAUCAUUACUUUAUUUAGUAAGUUCGUGAUUUGAAACUACUGCUCCGUCAAAGCACUUGCAAUACGAAACGAACUUUGAAAACAUGUCCACGUGUUUACUUCUAUCGGGUGGUUUCUUGAAAUUAUCGCCGAUUGUUUAACGUACUUCGAUAUAUUGUCACUCUUAACUCGCAACCCUUUCUGGGAGUCGAAAGUUACCGAUAAUUAUCUUAGAUCAAGUACACGAAGUGCGCAGCAAUGUAUUAGUGUGUAUCAUGUCUAUACGUAUGCCACCCAGUCAAAUACGCCAACCUACCUUGUUUAUCUCUCUAAAAGUGUUUUGUGUUUCUUGAAACGUGUUGUCACCUGCACGAGAAAAGAAAAAAAAAAGAUCACCGGAACGGUUUCCCACAUUUCGUAACCAAAUUUGUGUGUCAGUUCUUACCAAUCUCUCUCUUCUUAUGUACAUAAAAUUUUACUGGCUCUCCUUUUCAAGUGUUAUUUUUUUAAGUGUGAAUGUUUAGACGCCCUGGAGUGUUUAGCACGUAUGCUGUUUUAACUUUUAUCUUGUUUUGUAUCUCCUAUCAGAUCGUCUUUUAAAAAAUCCGCAUUGUCCAACUGGCCACCAAGCUGUUACGUAACAGUUAAGAGAGCCUGGCGUUUCUCUCUAACUGUCGGGCGACGGCCGGAAUGUGUAUGCGUUCUCGACUGUCAUGACGUUCCUUAUCUUCUUUUUUUGUUUUGUUUUUGUGAGUGGUGCGUUUGCGAGAAGUCGUGUGACAACGGCUCUACUAUUGUUUUGCUUAUGUGGCACGACUGUAUACCUAUGUGUGAGCUGAACGUGUGUGUUUUGUAGGCGUUUAGUUAAAAGACGGGAGGAAUGGUUCUGUUUCGAACUUGUAUACGUGGACUUCUUCUUUUUGUUUUUAAGCUUUUUUUUUGUCGGAAACUAUUGCCUCCCUCCUAUCCACCCACCCUGUUUCUCGGAAGUUGUUGGUGUUUCGUGUGUAGAAGCCCUUACUACUAAUUGUGAGAUAAUAAAGAGUGCUGAAAAAGAUGAA